AAAAGUGAGUGUGUUAUUAAUCGCAGGGAACGGAAGUCAGGGAGGGUGUUAGGGUUUCCAAUUCCGAUUCUUCACCUGCAAAUUGGGACCGAACAACAAGAAGAAGAAAGAUGUGGCACGAAGCUCGAAGGUCGGAGAAGAAAGUCCACGAUAUGAUGGACGCUGCUCGUAAGAGAGCUCAGAGACGGGCCAUCUAUCUCGCUAAACGCCGUGGCGAUCCUCAGCAAUCCAUUCAAGCCAUCGGUUCUCGCUGUCGUAUAUACCGCGACGACGCUCUUUAUCAAGCCACCAAGGAUCAGCAGGGAAUGAUACCUUGGAAUGGAAAACAGGACAUUUUGAUUGACAGAUUUGAUGGUCUUGCUCUUCUUGAUUUUAUUCGUGAUGCUAGUUCCCGACAUCGUCGGGCCCCAGAAAGAACAGAGGAAGAGGAUGAACUAGAAGAGUUUGUUAAUUUUCAGCGUUAUCGGGAUUUAAUUAAGCAUCGGCGUAGAGGAUUUAAAGAUGAAGAGGGUAUGCAACAUGUUAAUCAGGAGAUGGAGGCUAAGACCACUGUACUUCUUGGCUCUGACAGACCUCAACUUUCUCAGUCUUCAGUGCGCAAGGGGUCCUAUUCACAAGUGGGUUUCUCAUAUGACGGAGAGGGGAAAGACGAGGCUCGCUUUUCAGAUGGUGAAGAAGAUGGCGAUGAUGAUGAGGAGGAUGAGGAUGAUGAAGAUUUUAAUAGUGAUGAUAGCAACGAUGAAGUGAUGGAGUCAAUUGCCAAAGAUUAUGGAGUGAAAAGGUAUGGAUGGCUUGUCUACAUGGACAAAAAGGCCAAGGAGGAAGAAAGGAGGCAAAGAGAAGUUAUCAAGGGAGAUCCUGCAAUAAGGAAGCUGAGUCGCAAAGAGAGAAGAAAGGCUUCUCAAUUAGAAAGGGAGAGGGAAAGAGAAGCAGCCCGUAUUACCGGGAGUAGAGUUCUCCAUCAUGAUCCCUAUCGUGAAUCUCGACGAAGUCCGACAUAUGAAGCUUAUUCACGCUCCAGAAGAUCCAGGUCAAGGUCUCUCUCAUACUCGCCUCCCCAUUCAAGGUGCUACGAACGUGGAGGAAAAUCUGAUGAUAUUUACCAAGGCAAAGAGAGAACUCCGAAGAUAGAAUAUAUUACUGAAUUUGGUGGCGCAAAUGCUGAGAACGAGCCUAAAAUUGAAGGAUAUUCUCCACCACCAUCUCCUCCGUCUCGAACUGAUCCAUUGAACCGGCCAUCAACUGGUCGUAUUCUUGAGGCCCUCCAUGUAGAUCCUGCAUCUGGGGUAUCUAUUGAUAAGGAUAAGAGUGGCCAAAUGUUGAAAACACCAACAAGUGCGUCCUCUGCACUAUCAAAGUUAAACAAGACAACUACUAGUUCAAGCCUCUCUAAACAGCAGGGUGAAAAGAAGGAAACACCUCAGGAGAGACUUAAGCGGAUUAUGAGCAAACAAUUGAACAAACAAAUCAAGAAAGAUACAGCUAUUGAAACUGCCAAGAAAAGAGAACAAGAGAAACAGAGGCUUGAAAAGCUAGCAGAGACAAGCCGAGUAAGUCGGUAUCGUUGCCGAAGCCGUAGUAGAAGUUACAGUCGUUCCCCUCGAAGGCAUCGACGUAGCCGGAGUCCCAGCAGAGAAAGGAGUUCUCGUAGAUAUCGUUUACGUUCAAGGUCUGGCUCACGGUCCCGCACUCGCUCUCACUCACAUUCACCUUCGCGUUCUCACUCUAGUUCACGCUCUCGUUCACCUCGUAGGAGACGAUCAAGAUACUGAUACUUCUGGUUGGCUGGAUGCAUAAACCUGCUCAAGGUGAAUUGAGUGUUAGCUGUGGGCGGUAUAUAUUACUGAUAUAUUUGUUGUACUGGUAAACUUACAGCCGAAGCUGAAUUUGGGUUGAUGGUGUGAGCUUAUAUUCCUGUGUUGUAUUUAUUUGUUUUUUGGUUCCUUCUGAACUUCCUAAAGGAUUAAAAGCGUGACAAUUCAAUUAUUUCAGUAGGAUGAUGUUUCACUCGAA